AUGCGCGUCCCCGACGAUAUCGCACAAGAAGCCGAAGAACCUCGAAAGCGAACCAGAGUCGGCUCGUCCGCCAACCGGCAAUGCUAUGACUGGAUGGUCAUCACUGGAAAUUGUCACUAUGCGCGAGAUCAAGCCUCGUUUAAGACAUACCGCCCCGUCGCGCGCCAAAUUAAAAGCAACAUCUUCAAUCCCUUCGACGAACUACAAGUGGCAGGCGUAGGAACCGUGGAAUUGGAGCUCUGCAAGAGUCCUCAGGACCUUAGCUCGCAUACUAUCGUCCUGGAGAAUGUGCUGCAUAUCCCGGAAGCAGUUUGCAAUGGUUUCAGUCCGUUGCUGUACGGCACCAGCAUGUCGUGUAAUGAGGAUUGCUGGGUUGGUGGUGAUACCAUGGGAAACCCCAUCUGGUUCAGUACACCGUUUGCCGGCGGGACGAAAUUAGCCCUCGCGGGGAAUCCGCAAGGGGAGUCCGAAAUGAUCCAAGGGCGCUACUAUACGCUCUGCUUACGCGUUAGUCCGGAAGAGUGGCAGUCAAUAUUGACACCGGAUGAUAUGAAUGGGAUGGAGCCAUAA